AAAAUACACAUUGGUGGGAAACAACCUUCUGCUUUGUCCCUAGCAACUAUAUCUCUUCUUCUUACUGAGCAAGUUCCUUUUGCAGCAAAGGAUUUGUCGUUGAGAAAUAUUGUUAGUGAUAGCAAACAUAUGCUGCUUGGACUUUCUGAUGGAACAUUGUACAGUAUAUCUUGGAAGGGGGAGUUCUAUGGAGCUUUUCAAUUUGAUCCAAAUCCUUCUGGUAGCUUUGAUAAUUCUCAAUUUCCACAUUCUUUAGAGAAUGGUGUUUCGCCUAAAGACCUCCUAAAGGUUCCUAUGCCCAAUCACAUUAUUCCAAAAAAUUCUGAAAUCAAACAGCUGGAGCUUUGCCUUUCUUUGAGGUUACUAUUUGUCUUGUAUUCUGAUGGGCACCUUGUCUCAUGUUCCAUUAGUAAGAAAGGUUUAAAGCAAGUUGACUAUAUUAAAGCAGAAAAGAGGUUGGCUUGUGGGGACGCUGUAUGUGCUUCAGUAGCUUUUGAGCAGGAUAUUCUGGCUGUUGGUACCAGAAGAGGAAUUGUGGAGUUGUAUGAUUUGGCUGAGUCAUUAAUGCUUAUACGCACAGUUUCUUUGUAUGACUGGGGAUAUUCAAUGGAUGACACUGGCCCUGUUAGUUGCAUUGCAUGGACACCUGAUAACUCUGCUUUUGCAGUUGGGUGGAAAUUAAGGGGGCUUACAGUUUGGUCAGUUUCUGGGUGCCGCUUGAUGUCAACAAUCCGACAGAUAGGUUUAAGUUCUGUAUCUUCUCCAGUUGCUAAGCCAAACUGUGAUUGUAAGCAUGAGCCAUUGAUAGGUGGUACCUCACUGGUGCAGUGGGGUGAACAUGGGUAUAGACUUUAUGUUAUUGAGGAGAGAUCUUCAGAGAGAAUUCUUUCAUUCUCUUUUGGAAAAUGCUGUCUUAACAGAGGUGUUUCCGGAACUGCAUACAUCCGGCAUGUGAUUUAUGGGGAAGACCGGUUGCUCAUUGUGCAGUUAGAAGAGAUUGACGAGCUUAAAAUGCUGCAUCUCAAGCUUCCAGUUUCUUAUAUUUCCCAAAACUGGCCUGUUCAACAUGUGGCAGCUAGUCAGGAUGGAAUGUACUUAGCAGUCGCUGGUCUCCAUGGUUUGAUAUUGUAUGAUAUACGAUUGAAAAGAUGGAGAGUAUUUGGAGAUGUUACACAGGAACAAAAGAUUCAGUGUAAGGGCUUGCUAUGGCUGGGAAAGAUUGUUGUUGUCUGCAACUAUAUUGAUUCUUCCAAAAUGUAUGAAUUGCUCUUUUACCCAAGAUAUCACCUUGAUCAAAGCUCAUUGCUCUGUCGAAAACCAUUGCUAGCGAAACCAAUUGUGAUGGAGGUGUACCAAGACUAUAUACUGGUUACAUAUAGACCAUUUGAUGUCCAUAUAUUCAAUGUUAAGUUAUUUGGUGAAUUAACUCCUUCAGGAAAUCCAGAUUUACAGCUUUCUGCAGUACGAGAACUUUCAAUUAUGACUGCCAAGAGUCAUCCUGCAGCAAUGCGAUUCAUUCCUGAUCAAAUCCCACCAGAACUCUGGCGAUUACCAAAGUUUGUUCACUUCCUUCUUGACAACAACAAUUUAUCAGGAUAUCUUCCUCCUGAGCUGUCCAAACUUCCAAGCCUGCUUAUACUUCAACUUGACAAUAAUAACUUCGAAGGAAAUAGCAUUCCAGAUACUUAUAGCAACAUGUCAAAAUUGUUGAAGUUGAGCCUUAAGAAUUGCAACUUGAAAGGACCAAUUCCCGACUUAAGCCGAAUACCACGCCUUCUUUAUCUCGACCUUGGUUCCAAUCAGUUGAACGAAUCAAUUCCUUCCGAUCUUUCACAAAAACAUCACAACCAUUGAUUUAUCAAACAACGGACUUACGGGAACCAUUCCGUCCUCAUUUUCUAAUCUUCCAAAUCUUCAGAAAUUGUCUCUUGCAAACAAUUCAUUGAUUGGCAGUGUUCCUUCUACAAUUUGGCAGAAUAAGACUUUAAAUGGAACAAAAAGAUUUAUCUUGGAGUUGGAAAAUAAUCAAUUCACAACCGUAUCGGGCAGUAUUGAUCUUCCUCCAAAUGUCACAGUCUUGCUUCGUGGGAAUCCUCUAUGCUCAAAUAACAGCCUGGGUCAGCUUUGUAGCUCUGAAGGUGUUAACAACGGAGAUGGCCUAAUUCCAUCAAACGCCAAUGGAUCCUGUCCUGCUCAAUCA